AUGAGCUGGGAUAAGAAAUAUGAUACUCUUCAAGUGAGUACAGGUUGCAUUAAAGAGCUUAACAGAGAGAAAGUAACGAAGAGAACCAUCAUGUCAGCUGCACAUAGACUUUUUGACCCCUUGGGUAUGAUCUGUCCUGUAACGUUGAUCCCAAAAUUGCUUCUUCAGAGCAUUUGGAAGUUGAAACUAAAUUGGGAUGAUGAUGUUGAUGAAAACACCAGAAGAGAAUUUGUAAAAUGGAUUGAAGGUGAAUUGUAUAUUGAGAAAAUUAAUAUUCCAAGGUAUUUUGGACUAAGUGGAGCCAAGAAGUCUUCCAUUCAUUUCUUUUGCGAUGCAAGUAAAUUGGCCUAUGCUGUGGUUGUUUACAUUAGAGUGGAGUCUGAGAAUAAUGUACGAGUUCAAUUACUACAGGCGAGAAGUAGAGUAGCCCCUACAGGAAAAGGAGAAAUUACCAUAGCACGCCUUGAACUUCUGGCAGCAACCAUUGCAUCUCAUUCCACAACUGUUUUGGCCUGGAUCAAAAGAAGUGAACCAUGGGCCAUUUUUGCUUAUAAUCGAGUGCGUGAAAUCAGAGAGCAGACUGAUGUUAACACCUGGAGACAUGUUCCUGUGACUAUGAACCCAGCUGAUUUGCCAAGUAGAGGAUGUUCUGCACAACAACUUCUGCGAUUGCAAUGGUCAGAGGGUCCCAAUUGGUUGCACUUACCUCAAGAUUUUCGGCCUUCGUCUGAAGAUGUCGUUAAUGAGGAGGAAGUAAACUGUGAGAAAAGAAAAGGUGUCACAACCUCAAUGAUAAAUUUUGAAGUGACAAAACUUUUGAGUUCGAAUAUUUCUGACUAUCGAAAAAUUGUACAUACUAUGGCAUGGGUGAAGAGAUUCCUUUUUAAUAGCAAAAAUGAAGAAAGAAGAAAAGGAGAUCUUUCUGUUAAGGAAUUAGAAGAAGCUGAGAAAACUACUGUAUACUUAAUACAGCAGGAGUCAUUUACAGGAGUUUCAGAUAAACGCCUUAAAACUCUAGAUGUAUUUAUUGAUGAGAAAGGAAUCUAUAGAUUAAAAACAACUGUAUAUAAAAGAGAUGAUUUUGAAGAGUUUAGAACACCUGCUAUUUUACCUGGAGAGAAUUCUAUAGUAAAACGUUUAGUACUGUUUGAACAUAAGAAAAAUGGACAUGCUGGUGUUUCCUACACAUUGAAUUCUCUUAGAGAAAGAUUUUGGCUGCUGUGUGGUAGAAGAACAGUAAAAUCUGUAUUGAGAUCUUGCGUAGUCUGCAAGCGUUUUUCUGCCAAAUCUGUAGAUCCACCAACUGCAUCACCACCAGCUGAUAGAGUUCAAGAUGCAGCUGUUUUCCAAGUAACGGGAGUGGACUUUGCUGGUCCUGUUUCCCAAGUCAAAAGUGCCGUGCUAGAAAUAGCAAUAGUAACAACAGAAUGA